CUUGCGCUUGACUUUGCGGAAAGUUCAUUAUGUUUUGAUUUAUUGAAUCCAUAAGAUUUCAAAUUUUGUAAUUGUGUAAUCGUGUAAUUAAUGCUCGUAUAGUUAAAAGUGUAAACUUUUUAUAGAUUUCUAGAGGACAAUAAUAACGAACGUAUUGUAGCAUUUGUCAAAGAACACAAAGUUCUCUACGAUAAAAGUAUGAGAGCAUAUAAAAAUAACAACAUAAGAAAUAAGUUGUGGGAUCAACUUGCAUCUACACUCAAUAUGGAUGUAAAAUCAAUAACUACGCGAUGGAGAUCCUUGAGGGAUCGUUACGUGAAAGAGAUGAAAAUAGCGGACCUACAUCAUAGAUCAGGAGCAGAAGCCAUUGACGAGGAUGUAGAACAGUGGGAACUUAUGGAACAUAUGUCUUUUCUAAAAGAUCAUGUUUGCCCUAGGAAAACAACGUCUAAUUAUGUUGAUACUAAUGCCGCAAGCUCAAGUCAGCAUACUGAUUUUCAUGAAAUGGUCGAAGAACAUUUGGAGGAACAGCAACAGACUACAGAAGCUCCUUUGCAAACACCUUCAUCCACGAGGAAGCGUAAAGCAGACGAAAUUGACCAUAAAAUGUCUUCAUUAUUAGACAGAUAUAUUGCGAAUGCCGAUGGAAAGCACACAGCAUUCGGUCAACUUGUAGCACACAAGUUGUCAUACUUUUCAACAGAAAUUGCAAACAGAGUGGAAGCGCAAAUAUUAAAUGUCAUUUACUCUGCUACUGAGGAGUAUCGAGCUGAAGUAACGGAAAAGGACUGA